AUGGACCAAGCAAUUUCUGAAGAAGCAUCGUAUGACACUGCAUAUGAUGAUAGUGAUCAGUAUAAUUCUUGCGACGUUAAUGUUCCAUCGCUUAGUGAAGAUGACACACAACAUGUGGACAAGGGGAAAGAAUCUGUAAACGUUAUUCAAGUAGAGGAUGAUGCAAUGACAGUGAAUCCUGAGUUACCCGAUCACACUGGAAUUCCAAUAGAUGAAAUUCCGUACGUAGGAUUGAGAUUUGUUUCCUUGCAGCGGGCACAAGAGUUUUAUUCUAAUUAUGCAAAGAAAGUUGACUUCGUGACUAGGAUUAGGAAUACCAACUUUGAUAAGACCAGGAAGGAUUCAAAGAUACCCAUUAACCAAUCAUUACACUGUAGUCGUGAAGGUUAUCGGGAGUCUCGAGUGAAGGCAGCAACUCGGGUAAAGAGAAUAACAACAGCCAGAUGCAAAGCAAGGAUGUACGUGAUGCUUGAUAGGCAGAAGGAUAAUUGGAUGGUCUCCAAACUAGAACUGAAGCACACCCACCCGUGUUCUGCCAAACAAGCUGUGCAUUACACUGAGUAA